CCCAAGUCCGGUUCUCCGGGCGACCCGGCCCGCGCGCUGGCCCCGCCCCCAGGGCGCGCGGCUCUACAAAUACCGCUGCGCCGCGAGCCCGGCGAAGGCGUUGAGCGGGGAGGCGCGGUUGGGAGUCGUUACUUCGAGAGGGUAGUCGCCGGCUAGGGGAGUGCCGUGGCGGCGAUCCACCCGAGUCGGAGCUCGGAAGGGAACGACUCAGACCAGGGUGGGCUACUUUAUUUUUCUUCCGGGGCUUUUGAUUUUUCUUGUCUUUUGCUGUGGGUCGAGUGUCGCUCACUGGGAACUGAGAUCCGCUUGCCCAAACCCCGAGCGACCCUCUCCCGUCGAUUUCUGAGGCUCGGGGUCGCCCAGUGCUGCGAGCGCGCCGGACGCACAGGCGAGGGGAGCAAAGCGCAUCGCGGGCGGAGACCGGGAGCUCGCUCGACCGACCGCUAGUCCCCCAGCGGGUCUCCUCGCGCAGGACGCGCGCGAUGAAGGCGGUGAGCCCGGUGCGCCCCUCGGGCCGAAAGGCGCCGUCGGGCUGCGGCGGCGGGGAGCUGGCGCUACGCUGCCUGGCCGAGCAUGGCCACAGCCUGGGUGGCUCGGCGGCCGCUGCCGCCGCCGCCGCGGCAGCUCGCUGCAAAGCGGCCGAGGCGGCGGCCGACGAGCCGGCGCUGUGCCUGCAGUGUGAUAUGAACGACUGCUACAGCCGCCUGCGGAGGCUCGUGCCCACCAUCCCGCCCAACAAGAAAGUCAGCAAAGUGGAGAUCCUGCAGCACGUUAUCGACUACAUCCUGGACCUGCAGCUGGCGCUGGAGACGCACCCUGCUCUGCUGAGACAGCCGCCACCGCCCGCGCCACCGCUCCACCCGACCGGGGCUUGUCCGGUCGCGCCGCCGCGGACCCCGCUCACCGCGCUCAACACUGACCCGGCCGGCGCCGUGAACAAGCAGAGCGACAGCAUUCUGUGCCGCUGAGCCGCGCUGGCCAGGUGUGCGGCCGCCUGAGCACGAGCGAGCCAGGAGCCCUAGAAAGGGAGGGCCAGAGCAGAAAUUAAGAGAAAAAAGCCACCGGAGGAAAGGGAGAAAAUACUUCAGCAAUUCUAGAAACGUUGUCUCGUCUCAUCAUUCCAAGAGAGAGAGGAAAAAAUAAUAAAACUUUCAUUCACUUUUAAUUUUUUGCACGUUCACAAGCUUUCUCCGUACGUAUUCUCUUUUGUUUCUUCUUUCAUAACCGCUGUGAAUUGUACAUUUCUAUGGUUAUUUUUAUCACCCUUUUGGAGGUGCAGUUAAACUUUGAAGCUUAAGUGUGACAAGACUGCUAAGUAGAAGACCAAUAGUGAAUCCCAACUUUAGAGGCUACAUUGUGACGAGGGAACUGUUUUUGUUUUUGAAGCUUUACUAAUAUACCAGAGCAUUGUAGAUACGUUGUUUUACAUCUAUUGUUUAAAAUAGAUGAUUAUAACAGGGCAGGGAACUUUUUCCCUGCAAGAAUGUUACAUAUUGUAUAGAUAAGUGAGUGACAUUUCAUACCCUGUAUAUAUAGAGAUGUUCUAUAAAGUGUGAGAAAGUAUAUGCGCUUUAAUAGACUACUGUAAUUAUAAAAUAUUUUUAAUUAAAUAUUUUUUGUAAAUAUUAUGUGUGUGUUUUUUUUAAUCUAUGGGAAUGUUUCUUUUGGAAAAUUAUUUUUCAGCUCCCUUGCAGAGCUCUUAAUAUUUCAAUGUGUUUUCUGUUUGGCCAGGCUGUUGAUUUGUUUUUGGUUUUGCCCAGUCUCCAGUAUCUGAGGCUCGGAAGGAACAGCUUUAGGUACUGGUCUUGCAUGACUGCAUGAGAUGUUUAAUCACAAAAUAAACUCGUCUGAGUCCAUCCAGAUGUGUUUUCUUUAUCCUAGAUGGGAACCUUUGUAUUUGAGAUGUACAUGUUGAAAACAUACCUUAUCAGUUUUUAAGUACAGGGUUUUAUGGUGUAAUAUAUAAAGAAUUAAGUGUGUGGGUUUUUUUUCCUUUUGAACUGAGGUCAAAAAAUAGAUUGCGUGAUUUCACAUAUAGGAUGGAGAAAUGCUUGGCUCUUUAAGGAGUCUACGGAAUCUGCUUUUAUCGAAGUGAAAAUGCUUGUCGUUCAUUUCACACUAAAGCAUAAUGUCAUGAAGUUUCAUAUCUGUACAGAUUAUUUAAGUCAUAGAAAUGAAAGAUGUUCUCUGCUUGCUACCAAAGGACAAACUCUUGGAAACGGACAUUUUCUGCCCUCCUUCCUCCAAAGAAUAUUAAUAGGCAUCAGUAGAAGAAAAAUAAAAGCAUAAUGGAAAAUCCUUCAAGCAGGGAUAAAAGUCGAUCUUCAAACAUUAACUUACGUAGACCAAAAAUUCUGAUGACCACAUCUAGAUUAUUUUUUUAUAAAAAUGAUUUUCACUAUAGUGAUGUCAGUUACCACUAAGCUCCUGUCCAAUUUCAUGUGAUGUGUAACUUUUACAUGUGAAAAUUAAAAGUAGAUUUAUCUGUCUUGUACUGUGA